AUGGAAUCGCCUCCUCAUUCCCCUCAAACCUCCCCUCUCCAAGUCUCGCCCUUGGCAAUGCGGCCCCCCAACCCCGAUUCGCCUCCACAACAAACGCCUCCACCACCUCCCACAGCUACCUAUAAGAGAAAAAUCCGGUCAAAAUCUGCCCGAUCCAUGGCUUCUGCACCACCUCUUGCAAAACGCAAAGACCCACCCACCACUCCACUUUCAGAGCCUCCACCCAAAAACCCCAAAACUUCAGCCUCCACACGACAGGGGGCUGGCGUUUCUACCUCUACCCCACAAACCAAAUCACCCUCUUCCAGCAAAAAACAACCUUCAACAGCACCACAGGUAUCUAAACUACCUUGGCCCCUUCCUGAUGCAGCUCACAAGGCCACCUUUAAGAGACUUAAGGACAGGAAGGUGCAACCCAUAAGGCUUAGUGAUGAUAUAUAUUUUGUGGACAUAAAGCUUGAAUCUGGUCUUGAUACCCUCAAGGAUCGUCAUGAUCAACUCUUUGACUUUGUUAUGGAAACCAGAGAUAAACAGAAAGAGUUAAAAGAGAUCAUGAAGCAGCUCAUGGCUUUUCUGGGAAUGCCACCUCCACCUCCAUCACCUCCCCCAAAACCACCCCUUCGACAAGAGCUACCCAACUACCCUUUAGCAGCAUCUUUGGACAAGGAGAAUUCAUGGAUGUCUUCACUGAAGAGCUUCGUGGUUGCCACGAGAAAGGGAAUAGAGUUACGCAUUGAUGUUAUUCCGGUACAAACCCCAUAUCCAUGCUACCUUACAGAUGGCACCAGUGAGAAUUGA